UAACAGCAAAAUGACCGAAGAGUUCGAAAUAGUCAGAGAUGUCGAUCCAAAGGUUUGGUCAGAAAUAUUCAAUGGUUACCGAUAUUCAAGGCCAUCAUCGCUGGCAAACGAGACACUGUCCGUCAGCAAAGAGAACCGAUCGCGAGUGACCAGAAGUAAACCGAUAAAAAUAGGUGAUUAUUCCAUAGAYAACGAUCAUCACAUAGUCUUCGACCGRCCACUGGUCARGUAUCUGAACAUACCUAACACAGUGUAUAGUAUGGAUCUGCUAGAAGGCUACGACACUGAUGUCAAUUGGGGUAAAUCGCCGUCYAAUCACAUCUAUAAGAUGAGCGAAUGGAUUGAUAAAGGCUAUCGACCGCAGUCUCAGGAUGUCGACGACGCCGACGGUCCGCUACURGACACCGAUUUUUUCUGUGGYCGCACACCACUGGCCUAUAUCAUGACGUUUCCGUAUGAAAGAUACGAGUCGUUGAUCAUAACGGCCACAAAGUUUCGCGGAAACAUCUAUUUGUUUGAUUAUCGCAAACCACAGCCGCCGCCGGACGAUGAGUUYAACCAAAUUAUAUUUAGUGGUCACAGAUUCGAGCAAUACAUGACCAGCGAUGACCCGAAUCGGCCAAACAAAUCCCAAGCGUUCAAUAAUGACAGAACUGCUUACGUCGGUAUUGUUAAGACUAAACUGACCGACAAUUCAAGCAAUAAUACACAUAAAAUUGUCACCUCAUGUGAAAUCGAUUGUCUUACUCGCGAUGCCCGACCCGAAUCGGUUACUGUAGACCAGUUUGUCGAGAUUAAGGUCACCAAUGCAUUGAAACCGUUUAAACAGUUAAAAUGGUGGGCUCAGAGUUAUAUUGUAGGCGUUCCCACAAUUCAUGUCGGCUAUCGGGACGACAAUUUCAGAGUCAAUCAAUUAAAGUGUAUUUCUGUGGACUCGUUGCACACCUAUCGGUCAUUUUGGUCGCCCGAAGUGUGUCUCAACUUUUUGCAUCGAUUCUUGUCGUUUGUCAAACAGAUCGUYACCGAAGACAAUCCGGAUGUUGUCUAUCGGUUUGAGUUUAGACCAGAAAUUGGUGUCACGUAUACUAAACUGGAAGAACCGGGAGAUUUCCGUAUACUUCACGAGAAGUUCAUUGAAAAGUACACUAAUUAA